CUGCUUACAGGGGUUUAGCAUGACGUACUGCAACUUUGAGUUUAAUCACGAGGAUCCUCGGCAAUCCUCCACCUCUCCAGGAGAACGGAACACCACGAUUAGCCUCACCUGUGUGUUAAGGAAGGAAAAAUCAGUAAAAGUUGGGGAAAUAAAGCCUUUGUGAAAGUUUCUGUCACAAUGGGAGAGGAGAUAGUUUUGGAGAAAUAACACUCCUGUGCUGCUCCCGGGUCCUCCUGGGUUCUUCAUCUCUGCUGUUUUGCUGUGGGAUGGAUUACAGGCUGAGCUGACUCUCCUGUCCUGUUGGACCAGCCAGAGGAGCCCCUGAAAGCAAAGAGACAGGGAAACUGCAGGUUGGCGCAUUCAAGAACAUUUAUCUGAACUAAGGGGCCAUCUGCACAACCUGCGUUCUAGAUCAUCAUUUGACUCUCUUCUUCACAGGCAAGGACACAUCACAGGUUGAACCAUGGCUUUGAUGUUGGUCAAGUUUGAUCUGAAGAAGCGAGUGAAGCUCGCUCAGACGGUCUGGUUCAUGUACUGGUUCGCUGUAAUGGCCGGUGUGCUGGUCUUCAGCAUGGGCCUGUUCUUUAAGAUCGAGCUGCGAAAGCGCUCAGAACUUAUGGACAACAACGAGAGCCACUUCUUGCCCAACCUGCUUAUAUUUAUGGGUCUAAUAGCCUGCGGCAUCAAUGCCUUUGGAGGCAAAGUCUGCUACGACUCACUGGAUCCUACCAAAUUUGUAAAGUGGAAGCCCCUGUUGAAGAUCUUCUUGGUGUUCUGCGUGGGGUUCAACGCCCUGCUGCUCUUGACGGCCCUGCUGUGUUUCUUGAUGAGGAUCCCUCUGCAGUUCACCCUGGCUGAGGGGCUGAAGAACGGCAUGAAGUACUACAAGGACACAGACACGCCGGGACGCUGCUACAUGAAGAGGACCCUGGACCUGAUGCAGAUGGAGUUUCGUUGCUGUGGAAAUGACAACUACAGAGAUUGGUUUGAGAUUCAGUGGGUUAGCAACCGCUACCUGGAUUUCAGUGCAAAGGAAGUCAAAGACCGUAUUGGGAGCAACGUGGACAGCCAGUAUCUGAUGGAUGGAGUCCCGUUCAGCUGCUGUAACCCAAGCUCCCCCAGACCCUGCAUCCAAAUCCAGAUGACCAACAACUCCGCCCACUACAGCUACGACCACUACACAGAGGAGCUCAACGUGUGGAAGCGCGGCUGCCGCGAAGCCCUGCUGUCCUACUAUGGAGGCAUGAUGAACACCAUCGGAGCCCUGGUGGUGCUGGUCACUAUGCUGGAGGUUGCUGUGACCAUAGGCCUGCAGUACGUGGACAGCUCCCUGUCCUCCCUGGCUAACCCGGAGGACCCGGAGAGUGAGAGCGAGGGCUGGAUCCUGGAGAAGACGGUGAAGGAGACGUUCACCGACAUCAUGGCCAACAUGAAGGCCAUGGGCAAAGGCAGCAAGGUGGAGGAGGGGGGUGAGGCAGCAGUUGCCACGGUGAGCUGAGCUAACCCCUCCUGCAAAAACUGACACCACUCCCACUUGAAGAGGAGAGGAAGGGGACGUGUGAGAUUACUAAGUUUUUCUACCAACAUUUAUUAUGUAAACACUACCCCCACACACGCACACACAUUUGGCUAUGAACUCCUUUUUAAAUGGACUCCUUACAAAUGGACUCCUCGCAUAAAUAAUUAUAAAGUGUAUAUUCAUACAUAGAGAGAGAUAAUGAGUAGGAUGAGUUAUGUUAUGGUUUUUCAUUUUGGUUUUCCCCAACCGAACAAAUCCAUCUCAGGCUCCAACUUUGUUUUCACAGCAUACUUUUAAAGAGAUUUACUGUUUUGGUUCCCAACACUCUGGGUUUGGAUCUUUUCAAAAAAGUGCAAAAUGAUAAGUCAAGUAAAUGUGAUAUGUAUUGAGAAAUGUCAGAUGCCCCCCUCACAUUGAAGCCAGAGGUGCAGAUGGAAUAUAUUUUAUUUUCGUUGACCUGUCUAUAGUGCUUUGGCUUGUAGCUGAUACUGUAUAUAUACAAAGCAAACAAAUUAAAACCCCCACUCAGCUCUUUUUAUACUUCAAUCCACCUUCCUCCACAAUGAAGACUGUAUAAUCUCCUGAGAUGGAGUAAAAUUAUGAAUUGAAUUAUUCGGUAUGAAUUAUGCAUGAAUGUUGCGGCACAUGGUCGAAGAGUGAGGCAUGGGAACUGGGAUGUGAGCCCUGGAGAGAAGCAGGGCCAACUCUAAACCUGUGGAGGACGACUGAAAUUGGCAGCUAAAUCUUGGCUCCCGACCCCUGUACUGUAAUCUCAGAUCCUCUUUAUGUUUCCCUUGUGCAUUCGGUAUCUGUAUUGACACAUACGUAUGUAUAUUCUAACAACUGGGUUGCUGUCUUUGUACAUAGUGUAGAAAUGAUGAAAAAAAUUAACUUUUUUUAAAAAAAAUAAUGUAAUUAAGCUAAAUCUUUUAUUUAAAUCCAUGUGAAGUUUGUUUUUCCAUAUUUUUUUGACUUCGUGUGUCUGUGUAGAGGAAGAGAUUAUGCUGAUGGUAUACACGAAUAAAGGAUUUUAGUGACGUGA